CUGUGUGUAAAACUUUCACUGAAUGCACAUUUUUGGCAUCGGCUGGCAAAGAAGGGGUUGAGGGUGUUCACUUUGGGGCGGGUGAAGCUCUCCAUACACUGUAUGGACUACCAGCUAUUCUGGCCCGUGGCACGAGAGUCAGUUGCAGUGUUGCGAGCCAUAAAUUCGGAUGCCACACCAAUUUUCCAAGCUCAAAACGAUUUUUUUCCUUGAAGUUUUUUCCACAAUUUGCUUAAUUUAAUUUUCUUUUCUUUCUUCUCCUUGUGACACACAAUGAAUACACCAAAAUGGAUCCCAAAGCACAAUCAGGAUACAAUGAAGCUCUUCGAGAGUACCAGGCAGCUGGAGAGGGAUCUCAAAGUGUUGGCAAAGAAAUUUGCAACGGAUAUAAAUUUAGAUCUUCCGGAUUAUUAUGAAUUCGAAGAGUUGCUAAAUCAAUCACGUCGCUGCUUUGACCUCAGCUGCCAGUAUCAGGUGCGAUUGCUACGUCUCACUGCCACAUCGGCGGAUAAGAACUUCGAACGGAGUCCCUACAAGAUCCUCCAGUGCCGGAAGGCGCGCAUUGUGCGGGCAAACUUGAAGCGUCGGCACUUCCAGCUAAUCUUCAUUGUGCAGCACAUGAUCCGCCUCAUGCUGGGUUCAGCCCAUCAGACGGAUGUUAUCCUCGAUGGGGCCCUACUGCUGUGUGCCCUUCACAACGACACCACCGUCCAAUUGGGUCAGAGUGCUCCCCAAAAUGAAGGAGCUGCCGUGUGCAGCAAUACCUUUGCAGGACUUCAAUCCCAACCACGGAGAAUCGAUGUUGGAGCUAUUCUGCAGACGCUCUCAAAGCGACGCAGUGAACAGUGCUGCUUGGCAUUGAUUGGAUGCCUCCUGGCCACGUGUCGGAUGGAAAUGAGUAUCCCCAGUGCGGAUUCCGACACGUCCAGCGUUGAAAUUCUCCGAGCACUCACGAGUCAUCUCCAAUCGCCUCUCGGACGAAGUGCCUCCCCAUCGAGGAAUGUUGCCACCACCAUCCCUCCCAGUGACACUGAAGACCCCUCCGGGAAGUUCUUUGAUAAUCUCGCCAUUGAAAUGCAACAGGGUCACACGGGAAUUGAAUCUGAGGGAAAUCUCCUGCUUGAACGUCUCAUUGGUGAUGAAGAAAAUUUCCAAGCAGGCAUCCUCAUAAAAUGCCUCAAACUCUGCCCAUCUGUCUUUGACAAGCAAUCAUCCAAGGAGGACAUGGUGAAGUGGAUAAAUCGUGGAACGAGGAAUCUCUGGACACAGGUAGGGAGCACUUUGGAGCAUGUAGUGCUGUGGUGGAGUAGUGCCCCACUAGCGUGUCAACCACCAAGUCAUACCAAAUACCUCCGAGAUUGGCUCCUUAUGGUCCAACCGGAUGAUGCUCCGGAACCAAUCUUAUCCACCCUGCGUGGCUUGGGCGAAACCCUAACAAUGUACGUGACAACAACAACGUGGGAUAAGCAGUUCCGCUUGGCACUUGUUUCCACCACACUCCCCAUUGACUAUUCCUACGAGAAUUCUCCGGAAUUCCUGCCAUUGAAUGCCGCAAUUGCAGCUCAUAGGGCAACAGGAAGUGUUGCUGGGAGUCUCUGGUGUGAUGUUCUGUCUACACUUACAAAUUUCAGCAAUAGCUGUGAUCAAGGAACAAUUCCCAAUGAAUUACCACUAGUUGAGCAAAUCCCCAUUCUCCAUCGGCUUGAUCACUCCAUCCACACCAUGCGCCUCUGGGCAGCAGAGAAGGCUAAAGCUCUCUGCGCUGACUGGAACAUGAAGAUGUUCUUCCGCGUUGUUCAUCGCGAUGUUGGGGCCUGCCUUGAGCAUCUCCGGGAUUUGCGGGUGCCCCAACUCGUUCCACCUGACCCACUUGAGGUUCACAUCCAAGUUUGUGUCUCACUGCGCGCUAAACUCGUGUCGGAGAUUAAGAUUAACAUUGAGAAGCUCAAACAGACGGCUGCUCAGUGUAUUGUUGUACUCUCAUCGGUCUGCUCAACCACCAGCCUGGCUACCCUUAGUCUCUGCUUCCCACAAGUAAAGGUGUGGCAGACGGAGGUGCUGCAGGAGAAGGCCAGUGACUACGUGGCGCAUUUUCUCGAUGAAAUCUAUUUGCCCAUCGUCGAAGCCACGAAGGACAUUGAAAUCCUGGGGCUGACGCUGAAGAUAAUCUGUGAAGCAUGGCUGGAUCACAUUUACACGAAACGCGUCAAGUUUAGUAAAUGCGGCGCAUUGAAUCUCCUCAAAGAUUUUGACGGUGUCGCUGAGUGGAUUCGAGCAUCAACAUCCGUUCCCGUUGAGCACGUGGAAACCCUCGCAAAGCACGAAGUUCUCCGAAUGUGCGAAGGAGUGGGUAGAAUCCUUCUACGUAAGCCCGAAGAGGUCAUCUCCAUGCUCCCAGGGCCGCAAUACAUUAAACCCGAUCCGGAAGAAAUGGACGAGAAGCCUCCACUGCCCCCGGAAAUGUUUGUUCCCAAUCAAAUUCGCUGGCUUGAGCUACGAGCAAAGAAUCGUCGUGCUCUCAACUACUUCCUCUGCAUCUGUGGCUCUGGUACUGAGAGCUACUAAUCCUCCCCACGUGCUCAGGUACUAAAUUUCUCAUCGACUCCUCUCACUUUUAUUCGCAUCUUAAACACUAUAUGUAUGUUGUAUGUAUAUAGGAAUAGGAUCAAUAAAAAGGUAAUUUACAAAAAAAAAGAAA